UUCGAAAUUUAUUUCCUCGUAAAUUUCUCUCUUCGGUCUCCACUCUGCACCGCACCCAUCCACACAGACCCCUCCCCCACCCCACCUCGCCGGAACCCUAACGUCAGCCCCCGCCUCCGGCGAUCGACGGCGAUAUCAUUGCUGCGUCCUCGGAUGGCGACCCGCGCCUCCAAGAGUUACCUCUGCGCGGGCAGCUCGUCGUUCGAGGAUCCCGACGUGGUUGAGGUGUCGCCGACGGUCGCCGCGGCCGUGGGAUGGACCUCCGGCCACCAGAAGAGGAAGCGGAGCCAGGUUGUUCCUCAUGAAGUGAUUGAAAUUGAUGCUGAUGAUGACCCUGAAGGGGUUGUGAUUAUUGGUGAGAAAGCAUCAGUUGACAAGAAUAAGAAAGCUGUUGUGUAUCCGAUGGAUUGGCCAAAGCAUGCCAAGAGUAGUUUGUUUCAUGACAUUGCUGGACCAAGCAAAUAUACUUUAAAAACCACAGAUCCAUGGUUGUUUGACCACAGCAUAUAUCAAGAUGGCCCAGUUUACAACUAUUCUGAUGACUACCCUUAUGAGGGAUUUGAAGACGACUAUGCUUAUGAUGAAGAUGAGUAUGAUGACGACGGUUAUGAUGCUUCAUUUAUCGAAAGUGAGUAUAACUAUAGUUUGUCUGCCAAGUUUGAUGACUUGGAUAUUCCACCUGGUGUGGAGCCUUCUUUACCAUGGCUGCAGAAGACUUCUAUUGAGAUUGCAAAUAAGACCAAACCCACAAAGAUCAUGGAUGAGAAAAUUGAUGAAAAAUACAAGGCAUUUAAGCAGUUCGAUACUGUUGAUGAUUACAGUGAUCAUUUUUAUUCAAAGCCAGAGUCAAGAAAGCUCCAGGUGGUGAAAAAGCCAUCAAAAGACUGGGCGAAACGUAUUCAGCAUGAGUGGAAAGUCCUAGAGAAAGAUUUGCCAGAUACUAUAUUUGCGAGGGCAUAUGAGGAUAGAAUAGACCUGCUUAGAGCUGUCAUUAUGGGACCAGCUGGCACUCCUUACCAUGAUGGACUCUUCUUCUUUGACAUUUACUUUCCCCCUCAGUAUCCAAGUGUACCUCCACUGGUGAACUACCGUGCUGGUGGGUUGCGGCUUAAUCCAAACUUGUAUGCUUGUGGGAAAGUGUGCCUUAGCCUCUUAAACACCUGGUCUGGCAGUGGAUGUGAGAAGUGGAAUCCAUCCAAUUCAACCAUGCUGCAGGUCCUGGUCUCCAUUCAGGCUUUGGUUUUGAAUGCCAAACCUUAUUUCAAUGAGCCUGGUUAUGCUAUGCAUGCUAACACACCUCAUGGGGAGAAAAAAUCCCUGACAUAUAAUGAAGAUACUUUCCUGCUAUCCUGCAGGACGAUGCUGUAUUCACUUCGAAAUACACCGAAGAAUUUUGAGGAUUUUGUUGCUGGCCAUUUCCGCAAGUAUGGGCGCAACAUCCUUGUCGCUUGCCGAGCCUACCUGGACGGUGCCCAAGUUGGAUGUCUUGCUAAAGAUGGAGUUCAGGAUGUCGACGAGGGUGACAAGAGCUGCUCAGUGAGUUUUAAGCAGUCACUGAAGAGACUAUUCGAGGAACUUCUGAUGGCAUUCACCGUGAAGGGUGCAAAUUGUGACGAAUUCCUUACCCAGAAUGCGAGAUCUGGGUCUUCUACAGCGACAGCGGACACCACAUUGAGGCUGUAAGGCAGAGUCGGCAUGUGAGAGUAAUAAUCUUGCCAUUCAAGCUAUUCGAGCUACUACCCCUAUCUUCAGUUCGAUAGAGGGGCUGCAAGAAAUUGUGCCUGAGCAUCUAACCGUUUUCUGUAGGUAGUCUAUGUAAAUAUCCUUGUCUAGCUCUUCCGGUGAAACACAAGUGAGAUAUGCAUGCAUGUAGGGACAAUAUUUUUACAUAGCUAUAGCCCAUAAGUGUAUUUACCAUCGGGGCCCUCGUCCGGCUGCUUAUGUCUAUAAGUGAUUGAUGUCUCCAUAUAAAUUUAUAUUAUCUAAUGAGAUUUGUCAGGUUA